AUGAUACUAAAUCUUGUUUGUCCAAGAAAGCAGAACAACAGCCAUACUUGUGUACCCAUACUGGCCAACCCAGGUGUGGUACCCACACCUCCUACAGUUGAUGAAGUCUCCUCCAAUUACUGGUUUUCGGAGUCAAGCCAUUCAAAAUAGAUCAAAAUAAAAAUCAAAACCAUUCGACAGAUAAAGUCCAGAAUCUGGGAAAUGAAAGGAGGUAAAUAUACAGACCCUCGCCAAGAUUUGGGUCGAAGGAAUAAUUUGCAUACGAGAUAUCCGAGGAAAUGUUUUACCCAAAUUUAUAGAGCUUUGUAUGGAGACGCCAUGCUGGAGCUCAUCCGGACGAAGCUCCGACAUGGCGGACGGAAACCAACAGAAACAUCUGUUACCGAGUUUUGCUACAAAAGCGUGAAUUUACCCCUAGAGGAACUCAUAAUCAUUAAAGUAAUACGUUUUCUGAUACUUGAACAGCGGAUAGCAAAAUUCCCGGAAAAAAGUCACUUUUUUAACCUAAAUGACAGCUCUCUCGGCCGUCAUGUAAAUGCUGCGUCACGCAAAAGCUUAGAAAUUCAAGAGUACUCUUUUACAAAACCAAGAACCCUUUUGAAGCGAAAAUUUGUUUGAAAAUUAGUUCUCAGCUGCUCUAAUACACCAUGAAAGUAAAAUCUCAGUAGGAUCGAUAGUUUUGUAGUUUGAAUUUUAGUGACGUCAUGUGAAAACCAACAAUAUCAAUCAAAAUGUACCGCAAAACCAUUAUUCUCCCACAUCAACCAGAACAAGUCCACCCAUUAUGUCCCAGACUUCACUGAACUUCAUGGAUGCCUCUUAUCAGGGCAUCCUUAGCUGCUCAAGGCAUAACGGGGGAACUUCAGGACAUCAUCUUGGCAUCAUGGCGAGAUGGAACCCGCAAACAGUAUUGCACAUAUAUUACAGCCUGAUUAAAGUACUGCUCUGAUUGUAACAUCAGCCAAGUCAAUGCCAAGCUGCAGCAAGUCCUUAAUUUCCUCACUCUGCAAUCUAAACGUGUGGGAUAUAGUGCGGUUGCAACUGCCCGAAGUGCACUGUCAAGUUUUAUUAAAGUUGAUGGUGUAAAAGGGGGUGACCACCCCCUGGUGUCAAGGUUUAUGACUGGACUGUUUAAUCAAAAGCCUGCCCUCCCACGCUACUCUGAGACUUGGGACCCCCAAAUAGUGCUUAACCACCUUAAGACAUUUCCUUCCAUUGAUGAUAUGUCACUGAAACAGCUUACCCUGAAACUGGUCACGCUUAUGGCCCUAUUGUCUGCACAGAGAGCUCAGACUUUACAGUCCUUGUCCUUGGAAGAAAUGAGUACCCUACUUGGAAAGUAUGUCUUUCCCAUCUCUUCUGUUUUAAAACAAACAACUGCCAAAGGGGGCCAGAACAUACAUUUACUACCCAUUACUUUUCAUAGUUACUCAGUUGGACAAAAGACUUUGUAUCGUGGAGCUACUUUCAGGUUAUCUUCAAAGAACAGCUCCUCUCAGGAAAGAGACAAAGCAGUUGCUUAUUUGCCAUGCUGA